AGAUCCAACACAAGUGUACUAUAAUACCAUCACUUAGUUACUUACGAAGAAAACGGGAAGCGAAGAAACGCAAAUUUGAGUGUUGAUGAUGGCGUUGUGUUUCAAUCUCAGUGUCAACCCUUCUUCUUUUAUCUGCAAAUGCAAAGCGUCCAUGGACACUCCCCACAACGCACCCCACGCGCUCGAUGCCGCUUACAUCCGACGCGCCGCCGACCUUGCCGACAAAUCCGCCGGUUUCACUUCCCCCCACCCCAACUUCGGCUGCGUCAUCGCCACCCCCACCGGCGAUGUCGCCGGCGAGGGCUACCUGUACGCGCAGGGCACUACCCCCGCCGAGGUGCAGGCCGUGGAGGUCGCCGGCGAACGCUGCCGCGGCGCCACCGCUUACCUGAACAUGGAACCCGGGGACUGUGAUGGUGACUACGCUGCUGUGUCUGCUCUGCUUCAGGGAGGGGUCAAAAGGGUUGUUGUUGGAAUGAGGCAUCCCUUGCAACAUCUUCGUGGUAAUGCUGUGCGUGCACUCAGAAGUCAAGGACUGGAUGUUGAUCUUCUUGGAGAGGAUCUCACUGGUAAACUUAUAGAGGAUGCCCAGAAAGCAUGUCGUCUUGUCAAUGCCCCUUUGAUUUGUAGAGCUGCUUCACAUGUUCCCUUUUCUGUUCUCAAGUAUGCUAUGACCCUUGAUGGAAAAAUUGCUGCUAGCACUGGCCAUGCAUCAUGGAUAAGUAGCAAGCAAUCUAGAAAUCUAGUUUUUGAGCUACGAGGUAGAAGUGACGCUGUUAUUGUGGGAGGAAAUACAGUUCGAAGGGACAAUCCAAGACUGACGGCCAGACAUGGAGGUGGGCAUAUGCCAAUUCGCAUUGUAAUGUCCCAGACUCUCAAUCUUCCGGAGGAAGCAAACCUAUGGGACAUGUCUGAGGUUUCUACCAUAGUUGUAACACAGAGGGGUGCAAGGAGGAGUUUCCAGAAGCUGCUUGCAUCUAAAGGAGUUGAAGUUGUGGAGUUUGACAUAUUAAAUCCCCGAGAUGUUAUGGAAUAUUUCCAUGAUCGUGGGUAUCUUUCAAUUUUAUGGGAAUGCGGAGGAGCGUUGGCUGCAUCUGCUAUUUCAUCUGGAGUAAUUCACAAGGUUUUUGCAUUUGUUGCUCCUAAAAUUAUUGGCGGAAAGAAUGCACCAUCUCCUGUGGGUGAUCUUGGGAUGGUUGAGAUGUCACAGGCUUUAAAUCUAAUUGAUGUUUGCUAUGAGCAGAUUGGGCCUGACAUGCUUAUUAGUGGAUUUCUUCAGCCCUUACCAGACACGGUACCUAUAAUACCAUCACUUGAUGAAACUUUUGUUGUUGAUCCUACUGUCUCACCAUAUGAGUCAAGCAUCAUAUUUUUCUAUAAAACAUGGGAUCCUUAUGGUGCUUUGGCAAAUUUCUCUCCUCAUCCCAUUCAAAUGCCUGAUGAAAAUGGGGAUUACGUGACUUGGUUGAGUUUGGAGCAUUACUACCAGGCACAGAAGUUUGUUGGGGUUGAUGAUGCCUUUGCACAAAAUUGUAUUGAAAGGAUUAAAUCUGCAAACAGUCCGGAAGAAGCUGCAAGAAUAGGAAGGUUAAUGCAAAGGCAGCGACCUGAUGUGAUAAGGUCUGACUGGGACAACAUAAAGAUCGAUGUCAUGUACAGGGCACUGAAAUGCAAGUUCUCAAUGUACCCACAUUUGAAUUCUAUGCUGCUUUCAACUGCUGGUUCUGUUCUUGUUGAGGCUUCACCACAUGAUCUGUUUUGGGGUGGAGGACGGGAGGGAGAAGGCUUAAACUAUCUUGGUCGACUCUUGAUGAAAUUGAGAUCAGAGUUUCUUGGGGAAUCAUCAUCAUCAUCAACAACUGAGACCCCUACUUCAACUGUAUAGUAUUUUUUAAAACUGUUUGUUGUAGAACUACCAAAACUGUUUGUUGUGCAACAUAUAUAUAUAUAUAUAUAUAUCACUGCCUCACUGGUAAACCAUA